UUACUUUCCCUGCCUUCAAAUUACCAACAGUUUAUAGCCUAUUGAUAAGCGGAACACAUCAAAUAUUACAUUUUAUUUAAUUUACACAACAAUACUAGCUUCAGAACGUUGAUUACGUGAGUAACGUCGUUAUUCCUUUUGAGAACGAGAAGUCUCCCGCCAUGGCGCGACACCUAGCUAGUUAGAGAACGCAACUAACGUUAGCCAGCGAGUUAAUUAAUUGAGGAAAGUUUCUAAAGUGCCUUUUCUGCCCUUUUUGAAGAGACGUCGUUGAUCAGCGCUGGAAGGACAACUAUUUGCAAAGCAAGGAGCCCCAUACGACACAACGAGGAUGAGGAAGUGACUCGCCGGUUGGGACUCAUUGGACCUUGACAUUUAGGCUUUGUUGGAUGGACAUUGAUAGUUGAUGGAAGACAGAAUACUUUGAAAACGUCAAAAUGUGUUCAAUCCCUGGGCUCCCAACACCAGGUUCAAACAUUUCAGUUCUUAUAACAAGGGUGAACUGCAGUCCCCAGUGUGAUAUUGUGGAGCUUUGGGGCAAUUUUGAUCAAGAGAGAAAAAUUGCUUAUCAACGCCUGCGAAAAGACAUUCAGUUUCCCAGAGAAACCUUUUGUGAAUUGGAGGGAAAUCCUGGAGAUGUGUGCUUGGUUCAGAUAUAUGAAACUUGGUAUAGGGUACGCAUAGUCUCAAGAAAUGGCUCAAGUUACAAUGUGUUCCUUAUUGACGAAGGGAGAAUUCUUGGUGCCACCACUAGCAUGUUGGCUUGGGGUCAGAAAGAGUUUUUCCACCUACCCCCUGAAGUGGAAUUCUGUGUUCUCUCUAAUGUGUUGCCCCUGUCACCCGAGAACAGGUGGUCUCCAGUGGCCUUAGAAUUUCUGAAGUCCCUCUGCGGAAAGACGGUUGAUGCAUGUGUCCAGGACAUCUUGGUGCCCCAUAGAACGUUCCUCCUGAAUGUUCCCUGCAUAUCUAGACAGAUGCACGAAAUGGGGUUUGCCAAGAAGCUGAGCACCGAAAAGUUCAAGCUCUACGUUUCAAAGUCAUUGCAGAGUGGGGCAUCAAAUUCUACAGGAUCUCCACAGAAGUCAUCCAUGAGAAAUGACCCACUGGAGACCCGUGAGCAAAUUGAGAAGCAGCACCAGUACAUGUAUCCAGAGCUGCAAACGGAAACCGUAGAGACGGUCAUUGUCACGGAGGUAACCAACCCACUGCGCGUCUUCUGUCAGUUGAAGGUGUUUUCUCAAGAGUUGAAGAAACUAACGGAGCAGAUUACACAACACUACGAAGGCCGUGUGGAAACGGGCAUCGCCAGACCCGAAACGUUGGGUUCCCCAUGUGCCUCAAGAGGAAGUGACGGAAGGUGGUAUCGGUCUAUGUUACAACAGGUCUUUCCAGACAAUAAUGUGGUUGAAGUGCUGCAUGUUGACUAUGGGAAGAAACAGUUUGUCCAAGCAGAGAACAUCAGACCACUGGCCACAGAGUUCUUCAGGAUGCCUGUUGUCACAUAUGUCUGCUCUCUCCACGGCGUCAUCGACAAAGGCGUUGGAUGGACGGCUGCCCAGAUUAAAUAUUUGAAAUCCCUACUUCUGAACAGGACUGUGAUCGCCAAGUUCGAGUACCAGAGUCUGUCAGAGGGAGUCCACUACGUAACACUCUAUGGGGAUGAAAACACAAACAUCAACAACCUGUUUAGCACAAAGGAGAGAUGUCUGCUGGACUCAAAGUCGCAUGGAGAUUAUGCUGUUCGCAACAACCGUGCGAGUCCUCCACAUCCAGAUGGAAUCAAAUGUCAGGAAACUGCACCACCUCGCUCUGAAGAUCCCAAGGAAGUUCAGGCAAAGUAUCCUGCCGAAGAUCUCCCUCUGAAUUCUUCACACGUGGCAGUUGUACAACAUGUGGAGAACCCUUCAGAAUUCUGGAUUCAUACACAGAUGUAUGCAGAUGCGUUUAAUCAAAUGAUGGAUGAUCUUGCUGAUUUGUACAGCAACCCGGUCAGUGUGGGAGUCGUCGAAUGUCCAAAAGUUGGCCUUUAUUGUGCUGCCAGAUCACAAGACAACACUUUUUACAGGGCGACUGUGUCUGAAGUCACUGGGAACAAGGUCAGGGUCUUCUUUUUUGACUACGGAAACACAGAGAUGAUUGACUGGUUCAAUCUCGGAGUCCUUCCUGACAAGUUUAAAGAGUUGCCAGCACUUGCACUGAAGUGUAGACUGGCCGGUAUUAGACCAAAAGAUGAGAAAUGGAGCCAAAAUGCUACAGACUUCUUCACGAAAUCAAUUGCAGACAAGAUCCUGGAUGUACGCAUAACUGCAAAGUCUCACGGUACUUACAUUGUUCAACUGACGGACUCAUCUGCACAUGGAGAGCGAGAUGUCAGUAAGCUGCUUUGCAGUGCUGGCUUUGCAGAGAAGGGCGACACAAGUAAGACAACUCACAAGGCCUCUUCAGGGCCUAUCAUCGCCCCCACAACACAGAACCCACGUGCCAUUCCUUAUGUGUUCAAGGCAAGCGGUGGCCCUCAAGGAUCGUCCACCAGUGAUUCCACUGUCAAUGAGUCCAGAACUGCCUUCAAGGAAUACCUGUUUCCAAUAGGAAGUUCAGUUGAAGUCACAGUGUCUUACAUUGAGAGUCCAAAUGACUUUUGGUGCCAACUAGCACAAAAUUCUAAUCAUCUAAAAUGUCUCAUGCAAGACAUUCAGCAGCACUAUGCUGACACUGAGUUUGGGCAGCCUGUGGAACCUGCCUGUGUUGCCCGCCACCCAGACAACGGAAUGUGGUACAGAGCCCUGGUCAUUCAGAAGCAUGCAACACUGCACGUUGAUGUGCUGUUCAUAGACUAUGGUCAGACAAAGACAGUCUCCCUGCAAGACUUGCGCCGCAUAGAUCCAAACUUCCUGCAACUAAAAGGUCAAGCUUUUCGUUGCAGCUUGUACAACCUCAUCCACCCUACUUCUCACACCACUGAAUGGACUGAAGAUGCCAUUAGACAGUUCCAGGACUUUGUGGACACCGCAGCGUCCGACCAUGGGGUCUUAAAGUGCACCAUAUAUGCAGUAAUGUACGAUGCCCAAAAAGUGGUAUUCAAUGUGGUGGAUCUGGAAACACCCUUUCAGAGUGUCUGCAGCUUGAUGGUUAAGAAAGGACUGGCAAACCGUGCACCUGCCAAGAAAGCCCCUUCCUCCCCUUUCCGGUUGGACACCUACUACUACUCCACUCACAACAUCAAAACGGGGAGUGAAGAAGAGGUAAGUGUGACAAGUGUGAAAAAUGUAAAUCACUUCUACUGCCAGCUGAAAAGGAAUGCAGAUACAGUUGAAGGACUUGCAGAGAGCAUCAACACGCUGUGUCGCCAGUUGGAGAUCACCAACUGUCCCCAAACAUUUGGAACUGUGUGCUUUGCGAAAUACAGGGAUGGAGAGUGGUACAGAGGGCAGAUCAAGUCUACAAAGCCAACAAUCCUGGUGCACUUUGUGGAUUAUGGCGACACAUUGGAAGUAAAGAAAUCAGAUCUGCUUCCCAUUCCCAUUGAGGCCAGUGAGAUCAUGUCGGUGCCUGUACAAGCUGUCCAAUGUGGGCUUUCUGAUAUCCCCGGAGAGGUUACAAGUGAGGUGAACGGCUGGUUUGAGACCAGUAUGACUGACCGGAACUUCAGGGCUCUUGUGGUGGCAAAAGAACCUGGGGGCAAGUUGCUGGUGGAGCUCUAUGACAGGAAAAUGCAAGUGAACGCAAAGAUAAAGGAGAAGUUCAACCUUGAGAUGCACAGACAAGAGCGGGUGGUACACCAGAGCAGGAGACCACGUGAUGCAUCCAGCAGCCACAUCUCAGCUCUUGAGACCAAACCUCGGUCUACACCUAAAGAGGUGCUCCAAAAAACAGACGAGGACACCCAAAAGUGUGAGAAACUCCCUCGAGCACCCUACAGGACACCACAUCAAAAACGGGCACCGCAAAAGGAGAUUGUAGUUCCCAAAGCAAAGGUGAAAGAUCUUCCAAAACUCACAGACCUGCCCUCAAAAUCCAUAAAACCAGGCAUGGUAGCAGAUGUCUUUGUCUCACAUUGCAAUAGUCCACAGAGUUUCUUUGUACAGUUGAUCAAGGAGGAAGACGACAUUUAUUCCAUUGUGGAAAAACUCAAUGAUGAACAGUCAACUGCUGCAACCAUUCACACUAAGGACUUGAGUCAAGGAGACCUGGUCAAUGCAGAGUUUCCAGAUGAUUCGUCAUGGUACCGUGCAGUUGUAAGUGAAAUACUGGGAAACGAAAUGGCUCUUGUUGAGUUCAUAGACUUUGGAAAUACAGCAACAGUUUCAGUCUCCAAGAUAUGUCGACUCGACAAACACUUCCUUGAAAUUCCCAGGUUCAGCAUUCACUGCUUCCUAAGUGGAGUGACAGCUGUCGAAAACCAAGCAGAACUGGAUCCGGAAGUUGUGUCUAACUUCAAAGAGAACGUUGGUGUAAACGGCAACAAACGGUUAGGGUGCAUGUUCAUGAAACAGUCUGGAUCUUUUUGGGAGGUUGGCCUAGUGCACGGCAGCAAAGCAAUCACAUGCAACAUACCUCCCAGCGGCCCAACAGCCUCUUCUGAUGUGAUACCUAAGACAUCAGAAAGCACCAACCAAGAGGCAGAAGAGCCCCAACAAAGCCCUUCUGCAAGAAGUGUUCCACCAGAGAUGAGCACUUUGGUCAAUGUCAAGACUGCUCGUUACAGUAAGCCUGACAUUUCAGAGGGACAGACCUUAGAAGUCUAUGCCUCUAUUAUAAAUGGGCCUCAGUCCUUUUGGUGUCAAUCUGCUGAAUCAGACGAACUUGAAAAGAUCACUGAAGUUGUUAAAGAUGCUGGGAAUGCUGUGGCAUCUACGUUAAUUGACACUGAAACCCUGUGCACUGGAAGCCCUUGCAUUGCUCUAUUUGUGGAUGAUGAACAGUGGUACCGUGCAGAAGUCCUCAGGAAAGAUGGAGAUGCCCUAUCCAUUCUCUUUGUGGACUAUGGAAAUGAGUCUACAGUCAAUCUGAAAGAUGUGAGGCCAGUGCCAACUCUGCUCAUUGACACACCCCCACAGGCGUUCCAGUGUCAGCUUGAAGGGUUUGAUUUUUCACAAGGCUCCUGGCAUGACACUGCUGCUGACCAGUUAUCAGAACUCAUAAAAGACAAGCUUCUACACCUGACAGUUCUGAGAGUAUCCAGUCAAGAGCGGGGUGGGAUCACAUGUUUCCUCAAGGUGAAAUGUGAGGAAGAAGUGAUAAAUGACACUAUGAAGCUGUACUGGCAGAGCUCUGUUGACAGAGAAACGUCUGAAGACGAAGACAAGUCCGAUCCUACAGGAGUUGCAAUAUCAGGUGACACGCCUUCAUUGUUAGGUGAAUUGAAGUUGGCUGAGGAAAAGGCAACAGUGCCCAACUCAAGUCCCGAAGAGCCAUAUGAAAACGUCAGCGAGCACGACACAUACGAUGCUUUGGCCCAUAGUGAAACUCAUGAGUUAGUGGAUGAGGACAAAUGCACAGACAUUUCUGAUGAGCAACAGGACAACUCAGUACCCACCCAAGCAACAGAUGAAGAUCACGCCGAGGACGUGGAUCUGAUAAGUUUCCAAGAAGAUGCAGACUGUUUUGAUCACCUUGGCAACACAGAGUCAAUUGACGAUGACGGAGAGGAAGAAAAACAGUCUGACACAAAUGAGAUCCAAGAACCCAGGACCGUCAUACGUGGUCCGAGUGUAAAGAUACCCAACGAAGGGAAAGAGACUAAGUCCAUUCCCACCAUCAUCAUCUGUGAGGAACCCAGUGAUGCAGGACUUGAAUGUGUCUCAGAGAGUGGAGAUUCAUGUGAGGCUCAAGCGGCAACCUCCCAAGUGAACAACGACAAAGACAUCUUGGUUUCAAGGGCUAAAAUGGACACAUUGGAAGUGGACAAAGACGAAAGUGGGAGUGUAUCAGUACUGGAAAAAGCCUUCAGUCUGGAUGACUCAGAAUCACGACUGUACUUAGACGAAAACUUUGACGAGACUUCUCUUUCAAACUUCGACCAAGGUCAAGACGACAUCUAUGAGGAAGUCUUCAAACUGUGUGCUGAGCUUGUCGUCGAGAGUGCAAAGUCGGAACAUCCUGUCCCAGAGGAGUCCAAGACGAAAGAUGAGGAACUGGAGACCUUGGCUGUGGAGUUGGAGACCAAAAAAGAGGAAUCUGGAAUCAGAGAUGAGGUCAACAACUCUGCUGUUGUACCUGAAUCUGAGUUUGGUCAACUUCAGAGAGUUGAGCAGACUGUUCCAGUUGGGUCAUCCUGUAUCGUUUGGUCCUCUGCUAAGAAGAGUUGGUGUAAAGCAAAGAUUUUGAAAGUCUUUGAGGACUCCGUAAAGGUUCUACUGCUGGAUCACGACACUGAAAUGAUAGUAGACCCACACAAUAUAUUUGAGCUGUUGUCUUCAGAACCAGAAGAGUUUGAACUUGACCAGAGCGAUGACUUCGAUACAGCGUCAUCGAAUGCUGGGUCAGAGCAUGAUCACGAAGACACAGAUGACAGUGACAACACCACUGCAGGAGAUGAUCUGAGCAAGACUGCCUCAGAGGUCCGGGAUGACGCCACUCUAGCUGUGUGUGCACCAGUGGAGGAAUCUAGUGAUGUGCUUACAGAACAGCUAGUUGAUAUUGAGCCAGCAACUGAUGCAGAGGUUGUAUCCAGUGCUCCCACACAGGAUAAGGAUGAUGUCGUGCUUGAGGAAGACGCCUCGUGUCUUGGAGAAGUGACUUCAUGUCUCAUUGAAGGCUGUUUAGUUGCAACCACAGAUGAUGGCGCUGAGAUCAAGAAAGCAACCUAUGCAGAUGUUGUAUCAAGUGCUCCCCCGCAGGAAAAGGAUGAUCUUCUAGGGGAAGCAAAGUCUAGUCCUGAUGAACACUGUUUAGUGUCCACAGAACAGAGAGCUGAUGCUCAAGAGGCAACCGAUGUGGAGGUUAAAUCCAGUGCUCCCACACAGGACAAGGAUGAUCUGCUCUGUCCUGACGAAGACUGUUCAGAUUCUGCAGAAGGGUUUGCUGAGAUUGACGAGGCGACCGAUGUGGAGGUUGUAUCCAGUGUUCCUACACAGGACAAGGGAACAGAACUGUUGAGUAAAAUCUUCACAAAUGAUGAUGUGCAGCUUGAGGAAAAGACAUCUGUUCCUGGCGAAGACUCUGCAGAAGUUGUGAUGUCACAGGUGACUCAUCUCAGCCUGAGAGUGGAGGAGAACUCUGACGAUGACGUAAUCUUUGUGUCAGAGACUCGGACCACCUAGGAACUGCAGGAGCAGUAGCCAAAUAAGAAGCCAGUCCAGUGACUAGUGUGUUGUUGUGCAGGCACACACUCGGUUCUAAUCCAUGUUAUAAUCUGGGACGUUAAAUGAAUCUGUUCAGUGACAAUUUGUUGUCGGUUCAGUGGCAUUUUGUUUGCAUUUGCAUUCUGUGUCCAGUUUAUUUGGUAAUUUGCUUUGCUUUUUCCUUUGUUAUUUAGCUGUAAACACCCAUCUUCACCUCAUGUGGCUCAAGUUAGCCAUUUGUCUCUAGAUCAGAAAUGCCUCAGAGGGUAUACUACAAAGCAGGUUCAACGGGUUAGCCAGCUAACUUUGAUAAGCAACCAGAAAUGACUAUUGAUUUUCUGGAAUAUUAAAUAAAGCUAAACUUUGAUGUUUUAGUUGGCUGAAUCAAUUAGCCCAUGCCAAGUAUUUAGGCAAGUUAGCUGGCUAACUCCUUAAUCCUGCUAUGCAGUAUACCACUCUGUGCUUGUCAAUUUUUCAGAACUAUUUGGUGCUAUGGACAAUCUUUAAAAUACCAUGACACUGUCUUUUGGAUGGUUGUUGAGACAUGUUUAAUCAGUAUUCUUAACAUAACUCUUUCAUCCAGUGUCUUUGUAUCAGCCUAGUGCAUUUAUUGAAUACUGCACAAUUGAUCUAUGUUCAAAAUGUUUUUGUAGUAUGUUUAGUUUUUGUAAUUUUGCCAAUGUUUCCAAAAACAAAGUUCUAUAUAUUUCCAUAUUCAAUUGUUGACGUUUAAAAAUCGGACACACUUUUUGGCCAUAUUCAAUGUGAAAGGCUUUCACAAGAUGGUUGUUCCUGGAGAAAAAAAAUGUCGAAAUGUGCAGUGAUGAAUUUUUUUUGUUUACACAAUACAUAAUCUUGCACUUCCU